GAUCGAGUCUCUUUGACCGACCCAGACUAUGUUAGGAGGGAGAAGGUGGUGCUCAAGCUACGAUUCCACAAUGCACACGUCCUGCUGUAUCGCGGCUUUCUAGAGACAUGGUCAAUGCCGCCUCUCCCAUCUGACUCGACGUACAAGGUCAACCAGUGCCCGGAAGCAGCCCAAGGGACGAUUCGGCUCUUGUUCGACACAUAUCUUCAUGAAUCAUUUUUCCGAACUUGGUGGUACGACACCACCUACUUGUUCAAUGCUACUAUGGUCGCCCUCGUUGUUGUCUUCAUUCGGGUGCAUGAAGGCUCAGUUGAUGAGAUUUCUGCAGACAUCGAAAAGGCGCUAGAUGUCUUCGAAGCCAUGAAAACGAUCGUUGUCGCUCGAAGGUGCGCUUCAGUCCUCCGUGAUGUCUAUGAGGCCUCUCAGGAGUUGCUGAAGAAAAGCCGA